UUUAAAUAACCCUCUUAUGUAAACUAUCCAAUAUCAUCCAAUUACUUAACUAAUUUUGAAUGGCGAUACUAGUCCGAUCAAUGGAGAUGAUUAAUAAUACGAUUCUCCAAAAAAGCACUAUUUUAAUCACCACAUUGCACUUGAAAUCUCAAAAAGUAAAAUACAAAGAAGAAAGAAGAGCAUUUAAGUUAUAACUGACGAACUUAUCUCAUGGAAUAACUAUCUACACCACAAAUUCUAACAUCCCGAUCAGGUACACCACGGAAAUGGAAUGACCUUGUGACAAUCAAUCACCAUUACUAAU